UUCCCAGUAGGCGAGGAUCUGAUAUACACGACAUCCAAUAUCUACCACCAUGAGUUUCACUGCGCUCCGUCUCCUCCGCGCCUCACGAGCCAUUGGCAUCAACUCAGCCCGCCGCACCUACACUACCGAGGGGGGACCACCUCCACCUCAGAGAAGCAACAACUCAACAUGGUACUCCUUCGUUCUUACAGAGUUCACCGAGUUAACGCUAACCACGACCAGGAUGAUCAUCACCGCCGCUCUCGGUAUCCCAGCUGCCUACUACUUGCUGCAAGGUAACAGUUCCCGUGGCAAGGCGCCCUCAGAGGUCGACCAGCCCGCAACGAGAAAGGCCCCAGCAGGAGGUGCCAGCAUGUCGUCCAAGCAGGAGGGGCUGGACAAUGCCGACAGCAGUAACCCCUACAUCAACGAGCCUGGAAAGAGUGUCAAGGGCGAGGGCGAGACGGAAUCAGCGAAGCUGAAGGGAACUGUUUCGCCGAAGAGACCAGCACAAUAAGGAUAGCAAUACGCCUACAUCACCCCCUACAAUCCAUCUUACUGUGUAUAAUCUAUCUUGUAUCAUUUCACACAAAAUUUAAUCUUAGCUUAGAAAAUCAUACCAGUAAGGAACCUUCUUGCGAGGGUCUUAUCCGUGUCGAUCCGGGGCCGUGAUCUCCUCGAUAUGAACUCCGUGUAUCCACGCUGACCGCAUAAUGGCGUCUAUCGUGACUACCUAAGAUAAUCUCUAGGGCCACAUGGGCGUUAAGACUAAGAUCCUCGUACUGCA